CUUCAAUUCAAAAAACUGCCCGGCUGCUUCUACUAUUUCCGAGUCCUCCAAGUCUUCUAACUGUCUACAAGUAAGUUUCUCUCCUUCCCUUUUUGAGUCAUGUCAGACCGUGAGGAUAGCCAGAACCCUUCCGUCCCCUCUUAUGGUUCUGGCGGCCGGUCUCCAACCCUUGGUUUCUCUUCCUCGUCUUCAUCCUCAAAUUCUGAGCACCCGGCUACUUCUCCACAGAAGAAGCCGGCUGAUGCUUCCACCUGCGCUCCUUCUUCUCCCGUGGCGCAAGUAGUCUCGGUUGCCCAACCCGGGGACGAAGGCUACAUUCUGCUUGAUGACCGGUUAGUCCAAACGCAAUCGUCGGUCAUGCAGAAGGCCCAAGUCCACGAGGUGCGCAACCUGAUGCCGGAUGGGUAUCAAUUGACUUACCGGGCAACAUGGAAGAGCAUUAUUCCUCUCCAUGUCGGUACGGCGAUUGGCAUCCACUACCACUCUAUCAAGGACCUGGGCGAAUUCUCUAUUCACCCGUUCAAAGUCCUUUUCCUCGAGUCAUACGGUAUCAUGCCCGGGCAGCUUGCCCCUAAUGGUCACCGUUUGUUAGGCAGCUUCAUCAAUGUCUGCCGGUUUCUUCGUAUUCCCCUCUCCCUUCGUCUCUUCGACCAUAUGUUCGAUGUCCGGCCCGGGUCCAAGGAAACCCUUAGAUUCGUGGAGGUGUCUUCUCACCAAGGCCGGACAUUUCUCUGUGGCCUUCCUCCUUCUAACAAGAAGUGGAAGGACAAAUACGUGUCCAUCAAAUUCCCCCCCGGCCGCUUUCCCUUUUGCCCAGAAUGUCUAGGGGAAGAGAAUGAAGCGCCAGUGGUGAAGUUUCAAUCCAAGUUCGCCGUUCCACAAAUAGUGGUUGAGGAGCCCUCCACUGCUCAGCUAAUCAUCCCCCCAUCCAGCCAGCCCUUCUCCCUGGAAGAGCAACCAACCCAAUCCCAUCAGGGAACCAAUCAGCCCAUUCACUCGGGGGAGAACUACUUCAACGUAGACACAUUCGAGUUUGACAACCUGAUGGGGGAGACUAGGCAUACGUCCCAGGCCGGGGUGGGAGGUCAGCCCAACGAGGGAGGCGUCCCCGAGGAAGAGGCAGUUGGGGAGUCUCUUCAACGGAAGAGGCGGAAGACCGAAGAGGCUGCCCGGGCCAAGGCAGAUAAGAUCGAGGCCAAAUGGACAGAGCACUGCGUGGUUUACCGCCAGCUCUACGCCAAACAUGAUGGAUUGCUUAAGGCUGCUAAAGAGGCCGAUGAGCAGGCGCAGGCCAAGAUCCAACAGCUGGAGGCCGAGAAUGCCCGGUCAGCCGAAGAAAUCGCUCGGCUGGGAGAUGAGCUGCAGAGAGAGCAAUCGGAGCGUGCCGCCAUUGCUGCUGCCUGGGCUGCCCAAGCGCCUGAGGAGUUUGCUGCUAAGGCGUUGCCUGACCGGGAGACGGCCAUCCGCUUCUUCCAAGGCCUGUAUAAGCAUCCAGUAUCGGCCGGCAUCGUGGACGAGAUUGGGACCUACGGGUUUGAAAGCGGCCAGUACUCUGAGCGGAAGGCCCUCUAUGGCAUCCUUGAGUAGAGGAUUCAAAGCUUUCGACCCAAGGCCCUUUCACUGCCCGAGCUGCAUGACGAGGCGCCUAUCCCCCCAUUCCCGGGCAUCUGAUCCGUCCGACCUUCUUCUCUUUUUUUUAUCCUCUGAUGUAAUGAUAUGCCUCCGGGCACUUUUGUAAGACACUUUAAUAUUAAUACAAGUAUUUUCAACAUUGUGUGCUGAUAAGUCCGUUUUGUACGCACUUAUCUUCUCUAUAUUUAAUGUAUUAUUGUCUAAUUUUGGAUUAAACAAAUCAAUUUCUCAAUGGUUU